CUGCUUGUCGGUAGCGUCAGUCGCAACCUGCAAUUUGCUGUUGUUUGUGUUUGUGAUGCGUAGUUCAGUGCUUUUUAGAACAAUUUUUAUUCUAGAGAUGUAAAUUUGCCCGCUGCUUUGAAUUAAAAUGGCAGAGCGUCCUGAAAAAUGCACGGCCGACCCAAAUUUCGCCGUAAUAUGUUCGUUUUUGGAGAAGUUUGCGAAGCCUUGCGGGAUCUCUCACCCCAACUUUUUGGAACUUCAAGAAAUGCUCGAAAACUGUGAGACUGUCCCACAACCUUUAGUUGACUUACAUGUUAAACUACUCAGAAAAGCCAGAAAAUCUGUUUCCAUUGAGAGAUGGCAACGAGCCGUUGUCAAAUUUUGCCACACUCACGCUGGUUCAGAAUUUCAAGAAGAUGGCUGGGACAUUGAAAGACUGGGUUACCAAAACCUUCGUUUAGAUGGUAAAUUACGUGUUUUGAAGCUCUUACUUGAACAUCAAUUUGAUCUGAAUACCAAGUUUAAAGCGGAAGUGAACCGAUUAUCAUCUUCUGAAUUACGCCUCCAACCAUUUGGGCGUGAUAAAGUUGGACAGAACUAUUGGUUACAGCAAGAUGAGUUUUGUAAUCUUAAGGUCUACAGGGAAGAUGCCGAUAAUGAGACUUGGCAAGUUGUUGCAAGUGACCGUGAUUCAUUGGUUGAGCUCAUUGGACAGCUAUCAGGAGGAAACCUUGAGUCAGUUUUUAACUCAGAAGACAGCAACAGUACUGAAAAUAUAGACACAGGACAAAACAAUGAGAAUGGUUCUUCAAAGGCUGAAAUUGAAAAUGUGACUGAGAAUAAACCAGAUAAUUCCACAACUGAUGGAAGUUGCACUGAAGCUGAAGAGGUGAAGGUGAAGAAGGAGCUAACUUCUGAGGUAGAAGAAAAGAAACAAAAUACUAAAAGUGGAGAUCCUCAACACCUUAAUGAAAGCAGUUUGAAGUCUGAAUUAGGUGACAAACCUGGACCAAUGGUUGAACAAGAUUCAGACAGCAAGAGAGAAGAAUCAUUAGAGAAAAGAAAGGCUGAUGUAUUAGAGAAUGAACGUGAAACAAAGCGACUGAAAACAGAGGAUGAGGUGUCGGUAGCCAUUGAAGAUCCUCCGAUAGUUGUUACUGGUGAAGGCUCUGGAAAUGAUUGUGAAUGUGGCAACUUAAAUGUUUUUGAUGCUGAUGACUGUGAAGUCGGGCAAGCCAUAGAAGAACCUGUAAUGUUUAUUGUUGGUCAUGGUUCAGGACAUGACUGUGACAUGGGAAACCCUGCUAAUACUGAUGAAACCGAAAAAACAGACCCCCCCAUUGAUAAUCAAAAGGUUGCAGCUUUGAAAAAUGAGGCAGAGCCUGUCUUGAGCACAAACGGAACUGUUGAUAAACAGAAUGACUCUGUUUCUGGAAAUAAUGAAAAUGAUGAUGAUUUGGACUUCCUCAAAACGGGGUUUUAUUUUGGCCCCGGCACUCUUGCUGCCAAGGACAGAAUACCAAUCGGAUCUCCUGAAGGAAAACCACCUUCUACUCAAGAAACUGUUAAGGCAGAUGAUAUUAAAGACACUUCAGUGGGGAACUCAAAAGAACAAGAUUCUAUUUCAAAAGCUACUGUUCCUGAAUCUGAUUCUGUUGUAGAAAAUCCCUCUUAUUCAAAUUCUGAAAUAGAGGCUGGAUCCUCAACUGACAUUAUAGUUAAGACAUUAGGGGACAUUUCAAUUGAAACUGACAAAAGUAAUUCCCAAAAUACUGACAAUCUUCUUAGUGAGUCUGAGCCAAGUUCUAGUGAAGAAAAAGUAAGUUUUGCUAAUGAAGCUGCAGAAACUAGCUCUCUUGCUGAGAAAAUAGAUCUCAAUUCUGUUUCCUGUUCAAAAGAUGAUUUAACUUCAAGUGUUUUGCCAUCAGUCAUACCGGAAGUCUCACAAAGACAUGAUGAGCUUGUUCAUUCUGCUCUAGUUGACGUUGUUGGAAAACAUGCUGCAAAACCAUUGGAUUCUCCAGUGAAGGUGAUCCCAGAAGAUUUACAUCAAACCUUGUUUCAAUCAGGAGAUAUCAGUACAACAGAAUCAUAUGUUAGUUCCGAUUCAAUUACUAGUCAAGUCACCAGUACAAUUUCAUCUUCAUUUGUAGUAGGUAGUGCAGAUGUCUCUCCAAUUAAGACUUCUCCAAUGGAAAUAGGUGAACCUAUUAAGGAUGAUGAUAUCUGUUCUUUAUCAACAAAUUUGGAUACUCCAUCUAAUUCUCAUGUAUCUAAAAAUAUCAAUCCAGAAUCUGCUUCUGAGGAUAUCGUGAAAGGGACCAAAAUUUUUGAAGACAAAAAGGAGGAUGAUAUUAGCUGUACUAAUGAGGUACCAUGCUCUUCCAUUUCUGAAGAGACAGGUAAUUUGGUGACCGGAGAUGGCACAGAUGGGAAGACUUCCAAUGUAAUUGAUGAGUCUUUAGAUCUGCCUGAGAAAACUAAAACUGACCUGACCUCUAGUGUCAGUUUGGCUGAAAACUCAUUGCAAGGAGAAAGUACAACUUUCUCGGAAGAUUCUAUUCCUUCAAUCGUUGCUGUACCAGACAAAGAAGGAGCUGUUCAUGACCAGAUUUCAGAGACUGACUUAGCACUCUCUAGUAAUGUACAUGAAAAGAUUGAAACUAAUAUUGGACCAUCAGAUAAAUUGUUAAAAUCUGCCAUUACAUCUGAUGAAAAUCUUCAAAGCUCAAACGAUUGUGUUAUUUCUGCUAGCGCCUCAGAUGAUCUCAGUUCUUUGGCUGAAGACCCGCAAUCAAUUUCGGAUAUUUCUCUUCAAAACAAAUCAGAAGGAACUUUCCAAGCUCCGGGUCAUAAAUCUACUUCUGUGAUGUCAGAAGAAACAUCACAACCUGAUGAACCUUUAAUUGCUGUUCCAUCUGAGGAUAAAUCAGAGCCGUUUACUCCUGUGCCGUCUGUGGACACAUCACAACCUAUUACUCCUGUUCCAUCUGAGGUGACAUCUCAGCCAACCAUUCCUCUUUUAUCAGAAGAGAUAUCACAGCCUAUUACUCCUGCUCCGUCUGAGGAGACAUCUCAGCCAACCAUUCCUGUUCCAUCAGAGGAGACAUCACAGCCUAUUUCUCCUGUUCCAUCUGUUGAGACGUCUGAGCUUAUCUCUGCCAGUGGACCUGAGGAGACAUCGCAACCAAUCUCAGCUGCUGUAGCUGAAGAAAAAUCUGAGCCAAUUACUCUUGUCACAUCUGCGGAGACAUCUCAACCAACUAUUCCUGUUUCAUCAGAAGAGACCUUUCUACCAAGCACUGCUCUUCCAUCUGAGGAGGCACCUCAUCAUAUCACUACUGCUGUUCCUUCUGAUGAGACACCUCAACCAAUCACUUCUGCUAUAGCUGAAGAAACAUCUGAGCCAAUCACUCCUGUCCCAUCUCAACCAGCCAGUGCUGUUUCAUCUGAGGAGACAUCUGAGUCAACUAUUCCAGUGUCACAAGAAGAGAUUGCUCAACCAACCACUGCUGUUUCAUCUGAUACGAAAUCUGAGUCAAUUAUUCCUGUUACACCAGAAGAGACUCCUCAACCAAACACUGCUGUUCCAACUCAAGACAUACCUCAACCAAUGGGUGAUGUUCCAUCCCUCGAAAUACCUCAACCAACAGCUGUUUCGACAUCUGAGCCAGCCACUGUGUUUCCUUCUGAGGAGACAUCUAUUUCGUCAGAUGUUCUUGCGCAGCCAGCUAUCGCUGCUCCAUCAGAAGAGAUACCUCAACCUGUUCAAUCUGUUGUCCCUGCUCAGUCAGAGAUUUCACUCUCAACACACGCUGGUCCUUCAGAUGAAUCAUUUAUGGCUGUGGAUCCUGCCAUAGUUGCUGCGUCGGAAGGAGUGUCCCAGCCUCUUCAGCCUGCUGUGAAACCUGCUGAAGAGGAAAUACUACUUCAGCCUAUUGAGCCAGUUAUUUCUGUACCCACAGAGGCAUUACCUGAUCCUGUUGUGGAGGUUGCUGCUCCCUUAGACGUAUCAGAAAGUUCUAUUGUGCCCUCUUCUAAUGACUUCCCUCAGCCUUCAGUUCAGCCUGUAAUUGCUGCAGCUGAUGCUCCAGAAGACUCGCAUGAGGCUGCUCAUGGGGACGACACGGAACCUUUGGACGAUGAACCACCUGCUAUAACUACUUUGGAAGACGCAAUGCGACAAAUGGAGGAAGCAGGGGCCCCAGUUCGUCUUGAUGACUCAGAUGAAUCAGAUGAUGAUCGUGAUAAUGAUCCUUUGGAAAUGGAGCCUGAAGUUCAUGAAGAAGAGGAAGAAAAAUCGUUCUUUGUGUUUGAGGGGUCUACUGGAGGGUGGAAGCAUGCUACUUCCGGUCAGAUUGAAGAAGAGCAGAGAGAUAAGGAGUUGUAUCCAGAACUAGACCAUAUGCCCGUAGAAUCACAAAUUACUGAAGAAGACCCUCUAAAGAACAAUACCCAGGACACCCUGAAAGAGCGUUUGAAGAUCACACCCAGGAGACCAACUCGCGCUUCACGACAGAGUGGUGCAUUAGAUCCUGAGGAAGCAGAUGAUGGCGCUGUCUUGGGGGAUGACUCCGGGGCAGGCCGUGGUAGAAAGAGGAGAAGUGCUGAAGGCGGUGAUGUCUCGGAAGAUGUGGAGGACGAUGAAGCCAAGCGGGGGAAGCGCGCCGGCAGCAGCGAGGAGGUGGAGGACGCUCCAGAGGGAGACGAGCCGGCCCAGCCGCGCCGUGGGGGUUGGCGCGGAGGUCGCCGAGGCCGCGGGCGAGGGCGAGGACGAGGACGGGGUCGAGGGGGCCGCUGGGGAUCAGCCGCUACCCGCGCCGCCGUGGAGCAGACAGAGACCGAGGCCACCGACGAGACUGCUGCUGCUGCUGCUGCACCGGCCGAGGCCGCAACGCCCAAACCCACGCCGGAGAAGCCCAAGAAACCCAGACAGAGUCGGAUGCUGACAGAACUCAUCAUGGACAUGGGAAAAUCCCAAGUUGAAGAAGUUGGAGAAUCUGGCCGCAGUGUACGAACCUCCCGACGGAUUGCACAAAUUAGAUUAAAGGAACAAGCUGAAAAGAAGGACUAUGAUGAUGCAGAAUUAUCAUUAAAGGACAGAUUAAAAAUGGAGAAGGAAGCCAGAAAGGCAGCCAAGCUAGAGAAACGGAAAGAAAAAGAAAGGGCUGCUGCUGCUGCUGCUGCUGCUGCUGAUUCUGAUUCUGAUGACGGAAUGAAGAAGAAGAAGCAUAAAAAAGAGAAGAAACCAAACUUUAAUCCUGGUACUAAUGUGUGGAACCAAACAUCUUCAGGAUCAAGUUCUGACUCAGAGUCAGUGGAAGAAGAAAUUCAUGAGCCCUCUGAUGAUGAUGCUCCAUAUGUUGUGAAAUCAGAUCACGAAUUUUCACCAGAAUCAGAUGUGAAUGAUGACGAUUAUGCUCCAACCAAAAGAGCAAGAACAGCGAGAAGAGACAAAGAAGCUGAAGCAGAACCAGAAGCUCAGGACUAUCCUUGCAAGAAAUGUGGCAAAUCAGACCAACCCGAAUGGAUGCUGCUCUGUGACAAAUGUGAUGCUGGGUGGCAUUGCUCAUGUUUGAGACCAGCUCUUCUUCAAAUACCAGAAGGAGACUGGUUCUGCCCUCCUUGUCAGCACACACGCUUGAUCACAAGUCUUCAGGAACACCUUCACUCAUAUGAUCUAGAUAUUAAGCGUCUGGCCUCAGAAGAAGCAAGGCGCCAAUACAUGUCUUUUAUUGAUGUUAGCGUUGAAAAUAUCUUACCUGAUGCAGAAGUUGAGGUAGUUAAGAAAAAGAAAAAGAAGAAGUAUAAGAUUAAACAUAGAGAAAGAGUGCGUGGUAAGAGGAGAAAGUGCCAAAUAAUUGAAUCAGACAAAUCAGAUGAAGGGGCUUCAGGGAGUGAUAACAGUGAAGAUGAAGUUGACAAUGAUGACAGGAAUGAUCCAGAUGCUGAAAAUGAUUCAGAAGGCUCCUCUGCCUCCGGGUCAGAUUCAUCUUCUGGCUCAGCCACAUCAACUACAUCUGCCUCUUCAUCUUCUGCUUCUCAAAAAUCCAGUGAUGAGGAUGAACCAAUAUAUAAACUUAGACAAAGAGGGCAGACCAAUGUGAAUUACCGAUUCAGCGAAUAUGAUGACUUAAUAAAAUCUGCAAUUCAGGGUGAGAUUGAAGAAGUUAAGGAGCCAGAGCCUGUUGCUGUUGUGGAAGCCCCAGAGGCGUCAGAACCACCAGUUGCUGAAAAGUCUGUUAAAUCUGUUGGCAAAGUGUUAGAAGGAGAAGAGGGUGAGGAGGAAGAGGAUGACUCUGACGAUGAAAUCAAGAAGAAACCUCAAAGGAGGGGAAAGUACCUCACGGAUGAAGAGGAGGAUGAUGAAGCAGACAAAGGAAAGAAAGAUGAGGAUGAUGAUGAAGAAGAAGAGGAGGAAGAAGAGGAGGAGGAAGAGGGCUAUGUACCACCUGUUGUGAAACCCGCACCCACUCCGAAAGGAAAGCGUAAGAAGCGAAGCCUCACUGCCCUAGAAUUUAGUUCAACUUCAUCGGACCCUGAAAGUGAUGAAGACUUCAAGGGUUCAAGUGCUGAAGAAGAUGAUGAUGUAGAAUCAUUUGGAUCUGAAUCUGAUGACUCAGUUGUUUUAAGUAGGCGUAAAGGUGCUUCAACAAGAAGAUCAGGCAGAUAUAGUAAUAGAAUGACACGGUUUGACCGAGAAUUCAUUGACGAUGAUGACAGUGAUGAUGAUGACGAUUACUCAGAUGAUAGUGAUGCUCCAAAACGAAAAAAGAAAAGAAAAACUCCAGCAAAAAAGGGUAGACCCAAAAAGCCUCCACCAAAAAAGGCCACUCCAAAGAAGAAAACUGGUAAAAGGAAAGCCCGCAAAAGUGAUGAUUCUGAUAAAGAAGUCAAAAUUAAAAAAGCAAAGCCAAAGGCACAACCCAAACGAGAGAAAUCAAAUUCCGAUUCAGAUGCACCUGCUCCUAGGAGAACUAGAGGACGAGUUGCUAACUAUCGGGAAGUUUUAGCAUCAAGUGAUGAAGAUGAUGAGGGCUCAGGGAAAGACAAGAAGUCAAAGGGUAAGACAAUGGAGACAAAAGCUCAGAAGAAACCAAUACCAGACCCUGUUGAAAAGGAAGUGACAGUAACAAAAGAGAAACCUAGGACUCACCCUCGUGUAAAAGUGACGCCCCUGCGUAACCCUGCGGGAGGUCCUGGCGGUUCUGCAGGCCCGCCGGGUCCUGCAGGUCCUGCAGGUCCUGCGGGUCCUGCGGGUCCUGUUGCCACCAUUGUGGGGCCUGCUGGCCCCACCGGCCCUGCUGGUCCUGUCGCCACCAUCGUCGGCCCGGGAGGCCCUGUCGGUCCUGGCGUGGUGACGGCCAACCCAAUGGCCGCCAUGACCAUCACGCCGACGGUGCCCGGCGGUCAGCCCAAGCCGGACCUGGCGCCGCCGGGCCCGUCCGUCACCAUCACACCCAGCACCAAGAAGGGCCCCGGCGCGGCCGCGCCCAGCCUGCCGGCGCACAUGAAGACCCCGUCGCACAUCGUGGCGCCGGGCCUCCCGCCCUCCAUCUCGGCGGUAGCCAUCAACCCCGAGACCAAGGUCCCCGUCAUCCAGGGCGUGAACCAGCCGGGCAUCCGCUCUCUCAAGGAGCUGCAGCAGCUCGCCAAGCCCGGCGACACGACGCCGCCGUCCCCGAGCCGGUCGCCGCACGGCGCCAUGCCGCCCCAGCCCAUGGCGCAGGCCGUGCCCCAGGCGCAGAUGCACCCGGGGCUGGGCGCGCCGCAGGCCGUGCCCACCACCUACGCGUCGGGCGCCUCGGGCCCGCUCAUGGCCAUGCAGGCCCUGGCCGGGGACGCGCCCGCCUACCCGUACUCGCAGCAGCAGUUCUACCACCAGCCGCCAUCGUCUCACCCGCCACACGCGCCCUACCUGCAGUCGGGCCACCCCGGCGGCCACCCUGGCAGUCACCCCUCCGGUCACCCUCCAGGGCACCCUUCAGGCCACCCUUCAGGCCAUCCUCCAGGCCAUACUCCAGGCCAUCCUCCAGGCCAUCCUCCAGGCCAUCCUCCAGGCCAUCCUCCAGGCCAUCCUCCAGGCCACCCCAGCGGCCACCCUCCUGGUCACCCCGGCAGCCACCCCGGCGGUCACUCUGGCAGUCAUCCCGGCGGCCACCCCGGAAGUCACCCCGGCGGUCAUCCCGGAAGCCACCCCGGUGGCCACCCUGGCAGUCACCCAGGCGGCCACCCCGGCAGCCACCCCGGCGGCCACCCCGGUGGCCACCCUGGCGCCCACCCCGCCGGCCAUCAUCCGGGCAUGCCGCCGCACCACCCUGGCGCGCACCACCCGCAUCUGGGGCCGCCACAGCACCACCUGGGCCAGCCGUCGCAGCAGCACCAGCCGCAGCACCUUCACCACCUGCUGCAGGGCCACCACGCGCCACCGCCGCACCACAUGAUGCAGGGCCACCACCAGCUGCCGCCCCACCACCCUCACCACUCCCACCACCAGCUGCCACCUCACCACAACCCAUACGGCCCCCCGGCCGGGCCCUCUCCGCCCUCGCUGACGCAGCUGCCCCCGCAGGUGCCAUCCCCCGGUGCAGCAGCUGCCGCAGCUGCAGGUGGGCCGGCCCCACCACACCCUCACGCGCCGCCCGAGGAGCGGGGCAGCGAGUUCGGAGGGCUAGUGUCGUACUUCUCCAGUCAACACGACGACAUGGAUGCCUAGAGAGGGACUUUAGCUAUAUGUACAUUGUUGUUUACAUAUGUAAAUAGUGGAUAUAUAA